AUGUACAGGGAUAAGGACGGGAGCCUCUUCACGGAUGGACGUGAGGUGAUUAAAAGGUGGAAGCAGCACUUCGAUGAGCACCUGAACAGUGCGGAGAACGUAGGCAUUGGGGUUCAAGAUGACGGGAGAAACGACUACGUCAGUGCUGCAGAAGACGGAAAUGAUCCAGCUCCCGCACUGAGGGAAGUUAAUGAUGCCAUGCACCAGCUCAAAAUCGACAAGCUACCGGAGGAGUGGAAGGAAGGGGUAAUUUGCCCCAUUCACAAGAAAGGCGACCAUUUGGAAUGCGAGGACUUCCGAGCGAUCACAGUUCUGAAUGCCGCCUACAAAGUGCUACCCCAGAUCAUCUUCCGUCGUCUAUCACCUAAAACGAAUGAGUUCGUGGGAAGUUAUCAAGCCGGCUUCGUCGAUGGCCGAUCGACAACGGACCAGAUCUUCACCGUGCGGAAAAUCCUCCAAAAAUGCCGUGAAUACCAGGUCCCAACGCAUCACCUGUUCAUCGACUUCAAGGCGGCAUACGAUAGUAUCGACCGCAUAGAGCUAUGGAAAAUUAUGGACAAGAACAGCUUUCCUGGAAAUUCAAUCGGAUCUCGCCGGGGACUGCGACACGGUGGCGGACUCUCAUGCCUACUAUUCAACAUCGCCUUGGAAGGAGUAAUGCGACGAGCCGGGCCUAACAGCCGGGGUACGAUUUUCACGAAAUCCAGUCAAUCUGUGUGCUUUGCGGAUGAUAUGGACAUUAUCGCGAGAAACUUUGGAACGGUGGCAGAGUUGUACACACGCCUGAAACGCGAAGCAGCAAAGGUUGGACUGGUGGUGAAUGCGUCGAAAACAAAGUACAUGCUAGUAGGCGGAACCGAGCACGACAGGAUUCGUCUAGGAAGUAGUGUCACGAUAGACGGGGAUACCUUCGAGGUAGUGGAAGAAUUUGUUUACCUCGGAUCCUUACUAACGGCUGACAACAAUAUUCACCUCCACACGAAAUGUACCAUGUACAAAACGCUUAUAAGACCGAUGAUCCUCUACGGACACGAAGCAUGGAUCAUGCUCGAGGAGGAGCUGCAAGCACUUGACGCUUUCGAGCGACGCGUGCUAAGGACGAUCUUCGGCGGUGUGCAGAAGAACGGCGUGUGGCGGCGAAAAAUGAACCACGAGCUCGCUGCACUCUACGGCGAACCCAGCAUCCAGAAGGUGGCCAAAGCCGGAAGAAUUAAGUAA